GUUUAGUCAGCUCCUAGCUAUUAUCUAACAUUGAUGGAUAUUUUCCACUCAGUUUGGAAUCGUUACGCUUACUUGCGUUAUUAAAACUUUAAUUGUAUAUAUCUACACAGCAAGUGCUACUUAUUUUCUCAUUUUCUUUACGCGAGUUGCUGCCUGGUCUGUGUCGAUAACCCGCAGGUGGACAGCGAUGAGUAGUCCCGAUGCGGGUUACGCCAGUGACGAUCAGAACCAGGCUAGGUGCGCGAUCUCAAUCAUGAUGCCUGGAAUGGGACACUGUCAGUGGUCAGACCCCCUGAGCCCUCUCGGGGACACCAAAGUGAAGAGCGAGUCCAGCUCCGGGAACCAGAACCGUGGGAAGAAUGAGCCGAGGAUCCGGAGACCCAUGAAUGCGUUCAUGGUGUGGGCGAAGGAUGAGCGCAAGCGGCUGGCACAACAAAAUCCAGACCUGCACAAUGCGGAGUUGAGCAAAAUGUUGGGUAAGGCAAUUAAAUAGUAAUUGAUUGUGUAGGCCUGUUACUGACAUGAUAUUUAUAAAGACCAAUGGGAAUUUCUUGUUUAUCAAGUAUUUCAAUAAUAUUUCAUAAGUGACCAAAUACUAGGGAAUUGUUAUUAUUUUAAGCAGGUGUGUUACCACGUGGAAGCAUACUGCAUUUAUUCGAGCAGAAAUAUUAUAAAUAUUAUUGUAUGCCUAUACUUCAAUGAUUUUGGUUUGUAGUAGGCUAUUUGCAUAGGGCCUAAUUAUCUUGAAAAGUCAUAAUUUUUCUUGAAAAAGCACAUGAUGCUAACGCCCUUAUCUUAUUAUGGCCAUUGAAAUAUAGGUUAGGUAACUCAAAUGAAUCAAUUACAACAAAUGUAUGAUCAAUAAUAAUGGUCAUGUUAUUUCGAAAUCAAAGUUCUCCUGUUACUAUAUUGAUGAUGAGCUAUUUUGGAGCACAUCACCAGACUGCAUGCCUGAUGCGGCUAUAACUGAGGUGAACUCUGUUGUUGAUCUGUAGGGAAGUCAUGGAAAGCCCUUCCUGUGUCUGAGAAGCGGCCGUUUGUAGAGGAGGCUGAGAGGCUUCGAGUGCAGCACAUGCAGGACCACCCCAACUACAAGUACCGACCCCGGCGGAGGAAGCAGGUGAAGAGGAUUAAGCGCCUGGACUCUGGGUUCCUGGUCCACAGCAUGUCCGACCACCAGAGCACCUCCCUAGGUGGGGACGGUAGGGUGUGUAUGGAGAGCCUGAGCUACCACCAUGAGCAUGGCUACCAAGUGUCUCCUCAAUCCCUCAGCCACUACCGUGAAGCCCAGGCCCUCGGAGGGAAUUCCUACGAAUCCUACAGCCUGCCCACCCCCGACACGUCACCGCUGGACGCCGUGGAGACAGACUCCAUGUUCUUCCCCGGUCACUCUCAGGAGGAGUGCCACAUGAUGCCUGUGUAUGCCUACCACUCCCAGGGGGCAGAGUACCCACCUCAGGACCCUCACUCUAACCACCACACCAACCCCAUGCUCCACAGACACCACUCCUCCCCCACAGAGCAGCAGCAAGCCUCCCAGGCUGGCCCCAUGCCCCCCUCCUUCAACCAACUGGCCAUGUACUACAGCCAGCACUGCAGCCCCAGUCACCCCAAGCGACACCCAGGCCAUGGAGCAGGACAGCUCUCCCCUCCCCCAGACUCCCACUCCCACCCAGUAGACCAGGUGGAGCAGAUGCACCCCUCAGAGCUGAUAGGGGAGGUGGACCGCAGUGAGUUUGAGCAGUACCUGAACUCCUCCAGACCUGGAGACAUGACAGGCCUGUCUUAUGGGGCGCAUGAGGCCAACAUGCAGGGACCUGAGAGUCUGAUAUCCUCUGUGCUCUCUGAUGCCAGCACAGUGUACUACUGUAACUACAACAACUCCUAACCUCCUGGUCCUCCCUGUCUGUCAAUCACUACUACUGCAGCUAUUACAGUACAUAACCUGACCUCAAAUGUCUCUCUCUCUAUUUCUAUCUUCUCUCUCUCUCUCUCCCUCCCUGUCUAGCUCUGUCUUUCUCUUUCAUUCUGUUACCAUUAAAGGCCAGUGGGAACUCUUUCAUUUGAGGUUUUAAAUCCAGUAUGUUAUUUUCUUUUUUGUGUGAAGGACGUUCAAUGUGUAUCACUUUAUGAGCUGAGAAGCUAUAGGACAUUUGAAUUGUGAUGAUGAUUGUUCACACACUGGUUUCGAUUUUAUUUUUGUUCCCUUCCUUUUUUGCAAAGAGGAAAGCUCCUGAGCAGGAAUAUAAAUACAUUUUGUGAUAAUAAAUAAUGUACAGUUUCUAUUUGAAGGUUUUAUGUAUAGGUGUUUUAUACUUUUGCACUUUUAAAAAAUAAAGUUUUGAAC